UCUUCCGAUGUGAGCAUCUGCCAAACAGUUAAAAAAAAUACCUUGGUGCUGGGCACCGUCUCCGAUAAUGGCCAGAUACCCGAGCGGGGCCAGUUACCCCCCAUACACUGGGAGGACAGGGAUAGCCCAAACCACCCUCGUCAGUUAGCCAGUAACAAGCAAGCGUUCUUCGGGAGUCGAGGGUCGCCAUUGUUUGAGGAUAGUCCCUACAGCGCUAUGGUCACCAGGGCGUCACUGUUGGAGCAUGACUUUGCCAGUCAAGGAGGGGUCAUGUCAUCAUGGCAAGAUAAACACGCCCAGGCCGUCCUGCAGGACUACAUUCACACUGUGACAAUGGCCAUCAAGAAAAUCAGCAAAGAGAUGGAGGGUAUUGAAGAGCAGCUGCUCAACAGGGAACGAGCCUCUGAACACACAAGCAACUCACUGAAAAGCCUAGAACUACAACAUGUAGGCUCUAUCAAUGAUCUCAGGCAGAGAGUGGGCAGAUGUGAUGUAUCGAUAGCCAAGUUGUCUGGAGAUUCACGCAGGAUAACAGAGUCGCUUGCAGCCAUCAAUAAACACAUGCAAGACAACAGCGCACAUGCAGGAAAGGCAGUUACUGACUUGCAGACAGAGAUUUCUAGACUUGAGACCCAACUGGUCAAGAACACCUCCGAGCAAUACUCACAAGCAGGCUCGAUAGAAGCCGAGACCAAACACCAAGUGACUCUCCUGCAGACAAAGACCCAGAACCGAUUAGAGGAACUGCAGAGGAUGCUGGACACGCUGCAGAUGAAGAGGGAUUCAGACUUGCAGCUGAUGGAGAGAAGCAUGAGGACCAUGGUGGAGUCUGCCGUCAGUAAGAGGGACAGUAAGCAGGACUUCUUUGAGCAGAAGAUAUUGAACCGACUGGAAGAAGUCGACAAGAAGCUCAUUCUGCAAGAGGGGACCAUCCAAACCAUGUCGGACGAGUUACAGACUUUACUGAGUGAGAAAAUAAGGAACCUUGAGGCGCGACUGUACGAGCGACAGGGGGCGCUAGAAGAUGACGUGAAGCGAGAUCUGGGAGGGAUGUCAGAGCAGAACGAGAAUGGGUUCAAGAGGGUGAAAGACAGCAUGGCCACGAUGAGGAUAGUCUUGGAGGGCAAGCAGCAACUCCUGGCUGAGAACCUUCAGAAGCAGGUGGCUAACGUCAAGAAGCUGGUAGUCAUCACGUAACAACAUCAAAAGUCUGGAAGAUUAUUCAGCUGAUAUUGUUCAGUCUGGGCUUAUGCAUUACACAGUCAUAUAACCUUUUCUGCGAUCCACAGAUGUCUUCUUUGUAGCGUUUGUCUGCAUUGUCUGUCACACAUACUGUACAAGGUUAAUACAUAAAUGUUGCAAGUCAGUGGCACUUUGGGUGAUGGAUCUGUCGCACGUAGCUACAUUAUGGGCUCAACUGGAGACCUGCAGCAAAUUUCACGAAACUUUGCGCAAAAGUACGCAACUCCAUAUUUUAUUGCGCGAGUCGCACAACAUUUCACGUUGUACAUUUUGUUAAAGUUGUAGUUUUUACACAACAAAUUAUGGCUUAACUUACGCAAUAAUUUUAGGUUGCAUAUAACACAUGUAGAAUGUGGCGUAGCUACUGAAAAUUGUCUAUUUUACUGUUUAUUCGUGAUUCUUGUGGAGCCUGUUAUUGCUCAACUUGGUUAAGGUUGAUACAAGAAAUUCGGAGCUUUGAUUUUCGAAGUAAAUAAAUUGCUAUUUUAACCAUGACAACACUUUUAGAGUUGCUGAACAAUUCCGAAAAAAAGUUGGACAACUUAUUUCCAAACUGGUGAGCAAAGUUGAUGAAACGACUGUUUAAACGCUGUCUAGCAUCAAAAUAAGGGGAGAGGGAAAGAGAAAAAUCAGAAGAAAAACAAAGGCUUUCUCGGAUGUUGUCCGGAAAAGCCAAAUUUAAAAGCUCUGGUUGCCUGAGGAAAUUUCUUGGAACAGAUUGAGAUACAUCUUAAACCACAUUUUAUAGUUAUUAAUGGGCAGGAGCCAAUAUUAGACUCCUCUCAUAGACCGCCAUUUCGAAGGAAUAUUACAACUGCGUAUUCAACGCCAUCAAGUGCGUGUACGCGGUGUGUAAAAUGUUCUUAACACGUGCGCCUGUUUCAUAAGAAGUUCAAGUUCUUCGAAAUACAGCACAGCCGAUACGCGUCACGAAGAUUCGACUCCCAAAAUGCCGAUGCGCGUGGCAAUUUGUAGGCAAUGAUGUUAUGUUAGAGUGAUCUAUGCGUCUUAAAUCUAAAGAAUCCAAGUUUUAAAAAAUGUAUUUAUGCAUCCCUCUGUAAAAAAAAACAAAAACCAGAAGUAAUACUAACUCAAAGAAAUAGAGUGAACCAUCUCACACAAGUGCAUCUAUAAAUUUGUAUACUUGUACAUAAUUUAUUUUUUGUUUAAAUACCAACUCUUUCAAUCAAAUAUAUAUUUAGCUAGCUUCAACUUUGUGCUGGAUUCAAAUGUUUUCUUAAUUUUUGUCCAGACAACUCCUUUCUUGGUGCCUAAUUGAAACAUGCAAAUCACAAGUUGCCUUGAGUGAUAGGUCACUUGCAAUAAAAAUGAAAUUCUGUUCCUAAUGAAUUAAGGUCCAUUAGAUCUCGCGGGUGAUGUACACAUUCAUUUCAAAAUGAAUAGGUCAAAACUCCAGAAAAUGUAAUUACCUUUAUGGUAAUGAUUUAUAAAAUAAUUUAUUGACUAGUUUAUUUUAUUAUCACAUAGUACGAGACUUCAAAUUCAUAUGAAACUCCUUUCUAUAGUGUCAAGUGUGUGUUUUGUUAAAAAGUUAAUUAGCAAGUUUCCUAGAUUGCAUAAUAUGCAUUAAUUGUACAAAAUGAAAAUAUAUUCAAAUUAGAUGCUUUAUAAAUGCAGUUUUGUACUUUCUAUAUUACAUGGAUUGUUUUCCAAUAUGUUUUAAUGUAAUUGUAUUUUCAUGAAUUAGAUCAGAUUAAAAUAUGAAAAAUUCGAAUCCACCCCUUGAUUUCAUUCUUAGUACUUUUUAACUGAUAAGUUAGUGUAUCACCCAGCUGUAAUACUCCCUGUAGCUCCUGAAAGUGCCCCAGCACUAGUUCCCAGUGCCACCAACCCCCCCCCCCCCC